CGUGGAAGGCCGUGUUCGUUUCCCGAGGCGGCAUCAGCCGGCAAUUCGCAUUCGACCGACGUCUUGGUUUAAAGAGUCUCCGGGGACAAGACUUUUGAUGAUGACUUGACUUCUGCCGACUGGAGUGAGCCGCGGCCAUAAGGCAGCACAGACGAAAAGAAUAAGAAGACGAAAGAAAAUAAGAAUAAGCACCACAAGGCAACCACGAGAAGAAUCGAGACAGCAGGAUUACAACAUAAUUUUCUUCUUUUUUUUUUUCUUCGUUUCGAAAUCGAAUAGAAUCGAUCGCGAGUGACGCAAGAGGAUUUCCUUUCUUCGUUCCGUUCUUUUCUCUAAGUAUACAUACGUACUUUUUUUUUUUUUUUUGUCCUGUCAAUUUUGUUGUUGUUGUUGAGUGCCCCAGUGAGUGCACCGCACGGGAAGUUUGUAAGGCGAACCGGGGGGUGACGAAAGAGAAGAAAGGAGGAAGGAAAAACGGAUAGCUGGCCGCCGGGGGCCCCGUUUUGUUGAUCCCCGAAGAACGUCGACGACGAAGUACCGAUUGAAUUUAAUCGACACAGACGACUUGGAUUUCACCACUGGUCCAAGAUGAAGCGACAAAUGUCUCAGCCGCAGCAGCAGCAACAACAGCAGACGAUGCAGCAGCAACAGCAGCAAUCGAUCACGCAACAGCAACAGCAGCAAUAUAUACAACAGAGAACCGAACGACAGAUCACACGUCAACAGAUCACCAGUCAGCAGAGAGUUCAAGGGGAGAUUGUGAUGCAGUCAACGCCCACGGUACCAUCAUUUACCGGCAGGCCCGGUGAUCCAUCGCCGCCGGUAUUCGAGCAGAUUUUCAAAAACGCCAGAUUCGCCCAGGGCGGAAACGCAAUUUUCGAAGGACGAGUCAGAGGGAAUCCGAAGCCCACCGUUUCCUGGACGCACAAAGGUGCCCCGUUGUUGGAGUCAUGGAAAAUUCGGAUGUCGUACGACGAGAAAACGGGAACAGUCACCCUUCAGAUUAAUCAGAUUGGUCCGGGAGAUGAAGGCGAAUAUACGUGCAGUGCUAAAAACCAAUAUGGCGAAGCCAUCUGCUCGGUUUACAUUCAGCCAGAAGGAUUCGGACCUCCGCCGCAGCAGCAGGGAAGUUUCAGAAAAGAAUACGCGCAGUCUUUCCAGUCGACUGAACAGAAGACCCAAACCGGAAGCCAGAGUUUCCAACAGCGCAGCUAUCAGCAAACGGUUGACAAACGAAGCUACAUGAACGGAUCCUCCACCAGCAUCGAGGAUUUCAAGGUGGACACGUUCGAAUACAGGCUGCUGCGGGAGACAGAAUUUCGAGAGUCGAUUACUCGCCGCUUCGUGGGCGAAUCGGACGUGCAGAUUUCGACGACGGUCGACCGUAACCUGGGACCGGUUGCACCUCCGCAAUUCGUGCAGAAGCCGAGAAACUCGAAGCUCGUCGAAGGAUCCGACGCUGUUUUCACAGCGAAACUAUCUGGCAACCCGAAACCAAGAUUAACUUGGUUCAAAAACGGCCAAAGGAUCCGCGAGUCGCAACGCGUCGAGAUGAGCCACUCAAACCAGCAGGCCACCUUGAAGAUCAGAGUCGCUUUACCGGAAGAUAGCGGCCAUUACACCCUGCUCUCGGAAAAUCCUCAAGGUUGUACCGUCAGCUCGGCGUAUUUGGCGAUUGAGUCCAGCGGCGAUCAAGUAGAUCAAGCCUAUCAAACGUAUCAGAAAGAGACGGUGAAGGCUCAGCAAGUAGAAUCGACCAGCGAGUCCGACUCUGGCAAAGUUCUGCCCCCGAAUUUCGUUCGCACCUGCACCGAUCGCGAUGCUACUGAAGGAAAAAUGACUAGGUUUGAUUGUCGCGUAACCGGCCGUCCGUAUCCGGAAGUGACAUGGUACAUAAACGGGCAACAGGUGGCCAACGACCUGACCCACAAGAUCCUGGUGAACGAGUCCGGCAAUAAUUCCCUGAUGAUCACAAACGUGAGUCGCGCGGACGCUGGCGUCGUAACCUGCGUCGCCAGAAACAAAGCCGGCGAAACCUCGUUCCAGUGCAAUCUGAACGUGAUCGAGAAGGAACAGGUGGUCGCCCCGAAAUUCGUCGAACGUUUCACCACGACGAACGUGAAAGAAGGUGAACCUGUUGUCUUCAUGGCGCGCGCGGUUGGCACACCUGUGCCCCGUAUCACCUGGCAGAAGGAUGGUGUACCGUUAACACCUGGACCAGAAGUGUGUAUAUCAACGGACGGCAGCGGAGCAUCAUCUUUGGAUAUACCCUGCGCAAAAUUGUCGGAUGCAGCUUGGUACCAGUGCACAGCGCAGAAUGUGGCCGGCUCUACAGCCACCCGAGCACGGCUUUUCGUUGAGACACCGAAAGGAUCGGCCCCCGAACCAAGACGCCUGAAUUUACCCCGACCGACGAAAGUCAUCGAACCAGAACCAGCGCCUGGCCCCGAAGUGAUUUACUUGCGACACGUAGAACGUGCCAAGCCAUAUUUGCCUCCGCCCGAGGAGGAUCGAGUUUAUCCACCGCCACGUUUUAUUAUACCGCUGAGGGACGUCCAUCAGAUCGAGGGUGGACGGAUUCACUUCGAGGCCAGAAUCGAACCGGUGGGCGAUCCCACCAUGAGGGUAGAAUGGUAUGUCAAUGGAAGAGCUCUUGAUGCGAGUUCCCGGGCGACUUCCAUUUUCCGAUUUGGCUUCAUCUCUCUCGACCUCAUUAGUAUCGUUCUCCAAGACAGCGGCGAAUACUUAUGCCGCGUCGUGAGCUCGACUGGAGUCGCCGAAUCUCGAGCUACCCUCAGCGUGACCCCACGCGCAACAAUCGAACAGGCUAGCCAACACCCCGACAGCCUCCAAUAUAUCCAGCAGCUCGAGGAUUACAGCAAAUAUCAAAGGCAGGAGAGUGUGGAGGAGAUCUCUCCACAGCGGCCGGCCUUCAUCCGACCACUCCAGGAUCUAGGAGAGCUGCAGGAAGGUCGGAACGCCCACUUCGAGGGGCAACUGACCCCUGUUAGCGAUCCCACGAUGAAAGUGGAGUGGUAUAAGGAUGGUAGGCCAAUCACAGCUAGCUCAAGAAUCACAACCAUCUUCAACUUCGGAUACGUCUCGCUCAACAUAAUGCACCUACGAGCUGAAGAUGCGGGUUCUUAUACAGCCAGAGCUGUGAACCGCUUGGGAGAGGCCGUCAGCUCCGCGUCUCUCCGUGUCUUUGCACGAACGAAUGUUACUUCAGAAUUGGGAAUCCCCGAGCAACAGAGAUAUAUCGAGGCUGCCGAGGAAUUGGAAGCCUAUCAACAGGCAAUGCACCAAAAGUACGUACAGGAGCAGCCUGAACCGAGCAGCCCACCGGAUUUCAAAUCGCCUAUCAAGGAUCAGAACAGCAUACGAGAAGGCGGAUUUGCUCAUUUUGAAGCACGUUUAGAGCCAGUCGGUGAUCCCGACCUGAAAGUUGAAUGGCUCAAGGAUGGUCGCCCUGUAGAAGCUAGUUCACGUAUCACGACGUUCUUCAACUUCGGUUAUGUAGCACUAACAAUCAAAUAUGUGACGAUCUACGAUGUCGGUGUGUACACGUGCCGCGCGUACAAUCGCGUAGGCGAAGCGCACACCACCGCUCAAUUGAGCGUGAUUAGCAAGAACGAUGUUAUAUACGACAGUCAACACCCCACCGGACUUCAAAAGAUUCAGAGCCUGGAAGAUUCCAGCAGAUAUUCGCGACAAGUACAAGAAGAGACCCAAGUCACUCAAGCACCACGAUUUCUGGGUACUCUGAAAGGCACAAAUAAGAUCGUUGAAGGGCAGCGUGCCCAUUUCGAGGCUCGUGUCGAGCCACAAAGCGACUUAACCAUGACUAUCGAAUGGUACCACAAUGGAAAAGCAAUCACAGCUGCGAACAGAAUUCAAACCUACCACGAUUUCGGAUACGUCGCCAUCGAUAUCCUUCAAGUUAGACCUGAAGACGCUGGUACUUACACCGUCGUCGCUAGGAACGCUCUUGGCGAGGCAAAACUGUCUGCCACCAUGAUCGUUGAAACACGCUCCAGUGUCGAUACCAGCAGCAUGAACCGCGGAUCGUACGAGAAGACGCAGCGUCUCGAGGAAUCGAAAUUCGUGGAACCUCACUACCACAUCGAAGAAAUCUCGAAAUCAAAGCCAAUUUUCGUUCAGCCGUUGAGCGAUCCUAAGCCAGUGAGCGAGGGCAAGAAUAUCCAUCUUGAGUGCCGUUUGGAGCCAAUGGGCGAUCCAACGAUGAGAGUCGAAUGGUUCCAAAAUGGCCGUCCAGUCACCGUUGGCUCUCGAUUCAGAACGUACUAUGACUUUGGUUUCGUCGCUCUGGAUAUUGUUCAUUCAACUGUCCUCGACUCUGGAGAGUACACCGUAAGAGCUACCAAUCAUCUUGGUACCGCUCAUACAUCAGCCUGCGUGAGAGUAAUCGGAAAGUCCGAUAUUGUUACGGAAACGCAGCACGAGCAAUCGCUCGAGCAGAUUCAGAUGCUCGAAGAUUCAUCAAAGUACCGCAGAACUCAACAGGAAGAUGUGACAGUAAUGCAGGCACCUCAAUUCACCCGAGCCCUGCACAACAUCGAGACAGUAGAGCUCACCAACGUCCACCUCGAGUGUCGUCUUCAGCCUGUCGGCGACGCCACGAUGAAGGUCGAUUGGUUCGCCAAUGGAAGGCCGGUAAAGACGGGACACAGAUUCAGACCGUCUUACGAAUUCGACUACGUUGCACUCGAUAUUCUCGGUGUGUACCCAGACGACUCUGGUGUCUACACCUGCCAAGCCAGAAAUCAACUUGGCGAAGCAGUCACGUCUUGCUCCGUGAGGGUACACGCGAAGAAGGACUUACUUCUGGAAACGCAUCACCCUGAAGGCUUGGAAAGAAUACAAUACCUGGAGGACGCUUCCAGGUACAAGAGACGCGAGGUCGUCGACGAGGUUGUGAACGUUAAGCCAAGAUUCAUCACAGCCCCGAAGAACCAGGAGAACCUUCGCGAGGGACAACACGCGCACUUCGAGUGCAAAUUGGAACCUGUGACGGACUCGAACUUGAAGGUCGAAUGGUUCAAGAACGGACGUCCUGUUACCAUAGGACACCGAUUCCGUCCAAUACACGACUUCGGCUACGUCGCUCUGGACGUGAUCGAUCUGAUCGCCGAGGACUCCGGCACUUACACCUGUCGCGCUGUAAAUCUCGUAGGCAGCGACGAGGUGUCAUGCACACUGACCUGUCGAUCAACAGCCCAGGUCUUAACGGACACACAGAACGAGCUCGGUCUCGAAAGGAUCCACUAUCUAGAGGACAGAACAAAGUAUCAUCGUCAGGAAGUGGUCGAGGAAACGACCACCCAGGCGCCGAUCUUCACGACAUCCUUGAAUAAUGUGGAGAUCAAGGAGGGUCAAAGAGCUCACUUCGAAUGCAGAUUGAUCCCUGUGUCCGAUGUGACGAUGAAAGUCGAGUGGUUCCACAACAACAAACCGGUCAAAGCUGGAUCCAGAUUCGUCGAGACGAACAGCUUUGGUUUCGUCGCGUUGGACAUCAUGUAUGCGUAUCCAGAGGACUCUGGAACUUACACAUGCCGUGCCAAAAAUAUUAUCGGAGAGGCGAUCACUUCGGCAACUGCGGUUGUUCAUUCGAAAAAAUCGAUCUACAUGGAAACUCAGAACGAAGAGGCUCUUCAGCGUCUUCGUUAUUUGGAGGAUACCUCGCGUUACCAACGCAAAACCACAACAGAAGAGACCGUUACUCAAGCACCAGUAUUCACAAUGCCCAUCAAAGACCUCAAAGUCGCCGAAAACCAGGCGGCUCAUUUCGAGGCUCGUGUGAUCCCUGUUGGCGAUUCCAAAUUGAAAGUGGAAUGGCUGCGAAACGGAGUUCCAAUUUCAGCCUCCAAUCGCGUGACCACAAUGCACGAUUUCGGUUACGUCGCUCUGAACAUGAAAUAUGUUAACCCAGAGGACUCAGGUACUUACACUUGCCGUGCAGUGAACGACCUCGGAGAGGCAGUCACAUCCGCGACACUCUUCGUUCAGUCGAAAGCAGCGCUGCAAUUCGAGUCGCAGCACGAGAGCGCGUUAUCGAAGAUCCAGAUCCUAGAGGACACCAGCAGAUACCAGCGCCGCGAGGAAGAAGAGAUCGUCGUGAAGGAGAAACCCCGUUUCACGGUCCAAUUGAACGGGCCCACCAGCCUAGUCGAGGGUCAAAGCGCACACUAUGAGUGCCGCAUCGAACCCUAUCCGGACCCGACCAUGAAGGUCGAAUGGUUCCACAAUGGUAAACCGCUCUCCACCGGUCACAGGUACCGAACCACCUGUGACUUUGGGUUCGCGGCGUUGGACGUGUUGACGGUGUACGCCGAGGACUCUGGUACUUACACCUGCCAGGCCACCAAUAGACUGGGAUCGGCCCAGAGUUCGAUCAAUCUCGACGUGAAAUCUCGCGCUUCCAUCAUCCGUGAAACUCAACACGAAAGUGCCCUGAAGAAGAUACAGUAUCUAGAAGACGAUUCACGCUACAAACGCGUGGAUGAAGAAGAACUGAUCAUCGCAGAGAAACCGAAAUUCGGACGUCCGUUGAAGAACAUCGAACACCUGCCUGAAGGCAAGAGCGCCCACCUGGAGGCGACCUUGACACCUGUGAACGAUCCUACCAUGGUGGUCGAAUGGUACAGGGAUGGAAGACCUAUCCCACAGGGUCACAAAUUUAAGACCACUUACGAUUUCGGUUACGUCGCUCUGGAUAUCCUCUACGCUUAUCCAGAGGACUCUGGCACCUACAUGUGCAAAGCAAGGAACGCUGUCGGUGAAGCAGUUACCACUUGCGUCAUCAGCGUCGACUCAAAACAAGGUCUUUAUUUGGAUACCUUGGACGCUCAGCGUUUGCAAAAGAUUCGCGAGUUAGAGACCGUGGAGGUAAAGCAAGAGGUUGAGAAAGAGGUUGUACACCAGAAGCCAGUCUUCCUGACACCGCUCAACAACCUGGAUCACCUAAAGGAAGGCGAACACGCUCACUUAGAAUGCCGCGUCGAACCUAUCAACGAUCCAAACUUGAAGAUAGAAUGGUUCGUAAAUGGAGUCGCUGUAAGGACUGGACAUCGCUUCCGCAAGACCCACGACUUCGGUUAUGUGGCUCUUGACAUUCUUUACACAUACUCUGAAGAUUCUGGCACUUACAUGUGCAAAGCUACCAAUUUGGCCGGCGAGGCUGUCAACACUUGCACCAUCAAAGUUGGCUCUCGUCGCAGUAUUCUCCUAGAUACGCAGCAUCCCGAUGGCCUUGAAAAGAUCCGCGAGCUCGAAGCUCAAGGGCGUCCAGCCCGUUUGGAAGUCGAAGAACCGCCAGUGACACCGCCACGAUUUGUCACUGAACUGAGGGGCACGACCGAAGUAUACGAAGGGCAGACAGCUCACUUCGAGUGCCAAGUCGAGCCUCUUCACGACGCCAACCUGAGGAUCGAGUUCUUCCACAAUGGCAAACCGUUACCAUCGGCCUCGCGGUUCCACGUGACCUUCGACUUCGGUUACGUAGCCUUGGACAUCGGCCACGCUGUCCCUGAAGAUGCCGGCGAAUAUUCCGUGAAGGCGAUCAAUGCUCUUGGCCAGUGCGUCUCUUCGAUCAAGCUCAGAGUUAUCCCAAGGGAUAACAUCAUUUUGGACUCCCAGCGUCCAGAGGGCAUGGACAAAAUCCGUGAACUCGAAUCCCAACAGCCUUGGAAGCGACCGGAAGUACCGGAGCCACAGACCAGACAACGACCUGUCUUCACCCAACCGUUGCAGAAUAUCGACGCCAUACCUGAAGGACAGACCGCUCACUUCGAGUGCAGAUUGAUCCCUGUUGGAGACCCCACGAUGAAGGUCGAGUGGUUCAGAAACGAAAUUCCAAUUGAAACAAGCUCAAGAAUAACUAAAGUCCACGAUUUCGGAUACGUGUCAUUGGCUAUUACCCACAUACGUGAAGAAGAUGAGGGUGUCUACAUGUGCCGGGCAACGAACGCACUCGGCGAAGCAGUUACAACGGCUUCGAUGAGGAUCAAGAGUAAGGCCAGUAUACAAUUGGAGACCCAGCACCCUGAAGCGCAGCGUAAGAUCGCCCAACUCGAGGCUGACAAACCAGGUCGACCUGAUGAACCGGAGAAGAUGUUCGACAAACCCAUUUUCACUCAAUUAUUGACCGGGCCCACGGAACUCUGGGAAGGUCAGAUGGCUAGAUACGAGUGCAGAGUGGUCCCUGUUGGCGAUGCCAGUUUAAGAUUCGAGUGGUACAUAAACGGAGUCGAGCUGAAAAUGGGUUCCCGUUUCCACGUGAGUCACGACUUCGGAUACGUGACCUUGGACAUCCUGAAGGUCAUAACGGAAGAUUCCGGUGUGUACACGUGUAAAGCGAUCAACAAAGCCGGCGAAGCUGUGUCCUCGAUUUCGUUGAAGGUAAAAGCACGUUCGGCAAUCGAUGCCGACAGUCUGCAACCUGACGCCUGGCAGAAGAUCCAACUGAAGGAAGCCGAGAUGAACAAAGUACCUGAAAUGUUCGUCGACACGACACCGCAACAAGCUCCGGUAUUCACGAAGCAUCUGGAAAGCUACGACAAGCUGGUAGAAGGACAACACGUCUACCUCGAGGCUCAGGUUGAACCAAGAGCCGAUCCGAAUCUUCGCGUAGAAUGGUUCAAGAACGGAAUAUCUCUUCAAACUGGUACCAGACUUCGUAGUACCUUCGACUUCGGUUUGGUGACUCUAUCUAUCAAUGGACUGAGAUCAGAUGAUUCGGCCAUUUACACGUGCAAGGCCACCAAUCUCCACGGAGAGGUUUCUUCCGCGGAGCAACCAGAACCGACUUACGAAGAACCAGUCUUCAUCACUCAUCUGAACAACGUGGAAUGCGUCGAAGGCGACAACGUGCACUUCGAGUGCAACGUGGAACCAUCGAAAGACCCAACGAUGAGGAUCGAGUGGUUCAUCAAUGGAAAGCCCCUACCAACGGGAGCCAGGUUCAAAUCAACCUACGAUUUCGGUUACGUUGCUCUGGACAUCAACCACGCUUACGAGGAGGACUCUGGAGUAGUCAUCGUGAAAGCUACAAACUCGAAGGGUUCUGCACAGACAUCCGGCACCCUGAAGUGUAUUAGCAAACAGAACAUCUAUUUGCAGACCCAGCAUCCUCAAGGAGAAGCUGGCCUGGAGAAAGUCAAGGAAGCGGAAGAUGCUUACUUGUCCAAGUACAGGAGACCGGAGGACGGACCUGAACACGAGUAUCCUAAACCAAUCUGGACGGUCCCUCUACAACCAGAGUUCAAAUUGGGCGAGUCUGAACCUCUUCAUCUGGAAGGCCAGGUGGAACCAAAGGAGGAUCCAAAUCUGAAGAUCGAAUGGUACUUCAAUGGCAAAGCCUUGGAGCAUGGGGCUCGUUUCAAGAUGACCAGCGAUUUCGGCUUCGUCACCUUGGACCUGACGGACGUCUACGAUCGUGAUUCUGGAAUUUACACCUGUAAAGCGUACAACAAGGCUGGCGAGGCGUUCACUUCGACAACUGUCUACUGUUCGACCAAAGAGAACGUCAUCGAGAGGUCGCAGCAUCCUAAGGGCAAAGAGGGUCUGGAGGCCAUCCAGGACCUCGAAGAAUCCCUGAAGAAACAGGAAGGUGGACCACCCGAGAGCGAGGAAGGACAUCCACCUGUCUUCACGUCUCAAUUCGAAAAUCUGACGAAUCUCUCCGAGGGUGAAAUAGCCCACUUCGAAGCUUCCUUGACUCCAACUGGCGACCAGACUAUGGUCGUCGAAUGGUUCUACAAUGGAAAAUCAUUGGAAGCCAGUCAUCGAACGAGAACCGUCUAUGCUUUCGGUAUGGUCGUCCUCGAAGUUCUUGGAACGAAGAUCGAAGACUCUGGCACUUACUCCUGCAGAGCUACUAACAAAUGGGGCCGUGCUGAAAUCAGCGUGCAACUGGAAUGCGUCGACAAGUCUAAGGGACAGAAACCUAAGUUCACCACUCAGAUUCAAUCUCUCGAGGGUCUCAAGGACGGCCAAUCGGCGCACUUCGAGUGUACCCUUAUUCCUGUUGGAGAUCCUCAUAUGAAGGUAGAAUGGUUCCACAAUGGACAGCCGUUGAGACACUCUUCCCGAUUCAAAAUGGUGUCAGACUUUGGCUUCGUGGUAAUGGACAUCGCCGGGGUGAUGGCACACGAUGACUCACUUCAACCGGAUUCCCUUGCCAGAAUCCGCGAACUAGAAAGCUUUGGCGGCGAACAACCCGCCACUCCAACCACACCUGUCGCUGAACCACCGAAGUUCAUUACCCAAAUUUCUGACAUCACGAAACUGGUCGAGGGACAGUCUGCUCACUUCGAGGCCAGGCUUACUCCCGUGGCUGACCCAGACUUGAAGGUCGAAUGGUAUUACAAUGGCAAGAAACUUCCUCAUGGACAUCGGUACAGGACCUUCCACGAUUUUGGUAUAGUGAUCCUGGAUCUCCUCUAUUGCUACGAAGAGAACUCUGGAGUCUACGAAUGCAGGGCUUUUAAUAAAUACGGUGAAGACAGUACCAAGGCUACGUUGAAGUGCUUCUCGAAAGCUAGUCUGAUUUUGGAGUCACAGCUUCCUAAAGGAAUGGAGGGCGGUUUGGAGAAGAUUCAGACUUUGGAAGAUUCGAUGAUUCGAACGAAAGACGAGAAGGUCGUCGAAGAGCGUGGAAAGGCUCCGAUGUUCACUGUACCGCUAAGUAACAUCGAUGGCCUUCGUGAAGGCGAAAGCGCGCACUUUGAAGCUAGACUUACACCUACUGACGAUCCAAAACUAAAGGUCGAAUGGUUCUGGAAUGGGAAACCAUUGCGUACCGGCUCUCGUUUCCGCACCUUCUGUGACUUCGGAUUCGUGAUCCUCGAGAUCUCGCCGAUCUAUCCAGAGGACUCUGGGGAGUACAGUUGCCGAGCGUCGAACGAGUACGGCGAGGCGGUGACCACUUGCUCGAUGAAAUGCACAGGCAAGCGCAGUAUAAUCCUGGAAUCCCAAUUGCCAAAGGGAAUGGAGAGCACGAUCGAUAAGAUCGCCGAGCUAGAAGGUCUUGGAAACGAGCCUAGCGCAGCUACCCCUGAAGACGACACGGGCAAACCACCAGAGUUCAUCACUACACCGUCUGAUCUGACACUGGCGGAGAACUCUCUGGCGCACUUCGAGUGCAGACUGACACCCAUCAACGACUCCAGCAUGAGGGUAGAGUGGUUCCAUAAUGGAAAGCCUCUUCUGGCCGGCAGUAGGAUCAAGACGAUCCACGACUUUGGUUUCGUAAUCCUGGAGGUCGCCAACUGCUACCAACGCGACUCAGGACUAUAUACUUGCAAAGCAACGAACCGUCACGGUGAGGCCACUGUUUCCUGCAAGCUGCAGGUCCGUGGCCGCCAAGGAAUCAUCCUGGAACCCCAAUUGCCUUCUAACUUUAAGACCGGAACAGAGAGUAUUCAGAAGCUGGAGGAGGCUCUGUACAAGAGGGACGAAAUACUGACCGAAGAAGAGACACCUAAUCCUCCUAGAUUCACCGUUGAACUGAAGGAUAUUGAAGUGGAAGAAGGAGCUGCCAGCCACUUUGACUGCAGAGUCGAACCAGUCGGCGAUUCCACGAUGCGCAUCGACUGGUUCCAUAAUGGACGAUCGUUCGCCACGGGAUCCAGAGUACACCAGAUCAAUGAUUUUGGAUUUAUAUCUUUGGACAUGUCGUACACCUAUGCCAGGGACAGCGGCGAGUAUGUUUGUAGGGCGACCAAUAAAUGGGGCUCUGCUACUACUAAGGCUACCAUCACUUGCAAAUCCAAGAAAACGAUAGACUUCGAAUCUCAGCUACCGUCCGGCAUGAGCGGUGAGAAACUGAAAGAACUGGAACGUGGACCUGUCAGUGAGCCACCCCCCGAAGAUGCGGUACCACGUCAACCACCGAAAUUCAUCACGCAGAUUCAAUCAGCGACCGUCGACGAAUCCGAACCGGUCAGGUUCGAGUGUCGUGUGGAGCCGAAGGACGAUCCAAACCUGCGUAUCGAGUGGUACCGAAACGGAAAAAUGAUCCCAGCUGGACACAGAUAUAGAACCACGUACGACAUGGGAUUCGUGGCAAUGGACAUCCUCUAUGUCUACCCUGAAGACUCGGGAGAAUACGUCUGCAAGGCCAUCAAUGACUUGGGAGAGGACACUACCAAGGCAUCAGUUUCAUGCAAACGCUUGCCCAGUAUCAUCCUCCAGAACCAAGUGCCAAAAGGUAUGAAGAAGUCGGAAGCGCUGAUGCAAAUGGAAGCGACCAUCAAGAAAUACACGUCCGAGGUCCAUUUGACCGAGGACGACCUCUACGACGCGGACAAGAAACAACCACCUCGUUUCGUCACCCAGAUCCAGGAUCAGACCGAGCUCGUCGAGAUGAACAACACGAAGUUCGAGUGUCAAUUGGCCCCAGUCGGUGAUCCGAACAUGAAGGUCGAAUGGUUCUUCAACGGCAAACCCCUGCCCCACAAGAACCGUUUCACGCCCAUCUACGAUUUCGGUUACGUCGCGAUGAACUUUGGAUGGGUGUACCCCGAAGACAGCGGGGAGUAUCUUUGCAGGGCGACGAACCUUUAUGGUAUGGACGAGACACGAGCAGUGAUUCGUACAGCUGGAAAACCAGGAAUCAUUUACGAGUCACAGCUGCCUAAGGGUAUGAAGAGUAUCGAGAAGAUCAGGGAGAUGGAAGCUGCAUGGCAAAUAGUACCUGAGGAAGAAGGUGAAGAGGAGAAGGUACGAGCACCACCAACCUUCGUCAGUAAACCGGAACCCGUUACCGUCGAGGAAGGCGAUUGUUCUAGAUUCUGCUGCCGAGUCACUGGUCAUCCCAGACCACGCGUUAUGUGGAUUAUCAAUGGACAUACUGUAGUUAACGGAUCACGUUACAAGCUCACCUACGACGGCAUGUAUCACUUGGACAUCCCGAAAACGCGUCAGUACGACCAUGGAAAAGUCGAGGUAAUCGCUAGGAGCUCGGUCGGUGAAUCCCGCACCGAGACAACGCUGACAGUGAAACCACGAAGCGACGAUUAUCGCGGUGUAUUGAAGAACUCACCAAGACCGUGGUAUGAUUACGGGCUGACCCAAUACCAAACGGAGCGACAGAACACCGAGCUCGAGAAAGUGUUCGACGAGAGACACCACAACGUCUCCCAGGGUAUCGAGAUCGCUACCGAACACCUUGGGCAGAAGAUCAUCAAGGAACCGGAAACCGACUGGCAGAGGUCCGUCAAGAGCAAGAAGAACGAGGACUACUACAGCAAGCUGAUGAACCUCGAAGAGGAACAGGUGCUGAAGGAGAGCCGACUGAGGGAGACCAGCCACCAAUUCGCCAUUCCUGGUGAGAAGGUGGUGGCGAAUUCUAUGGCGAAGGGAAUGGCCCAGAAAUACGAGGAAACUUUAGACGACAAGAAGGAAGAGAUCACUCAAGAGACGGUGCAAACUGCCCCGAAGUACGUGAAGAAACAACACACCACGGAAGUGGAUAUCGACGUGGAACGGGCAAAGGCAUCGGGAAAGUAUCCUCCUGGUCCAUCGGAGUCCACGGUGCACGGUCGCGAGGUCCACGUGGCCAAGCAGAAGCAGACCCAAAAAGAGAUCAAGGGCGAUCUAGAGAUCACCAGAAAGAUAACGGCCACGGAAACCACCGAGAUGGAGCACAAGGCGAAGACUCAAGAGCGUGUUGUCCAAGGUCAGGUGAAGCCGGCUAAACCACCUGUCUUCACGAAGAAGAUACAACCUUGCAGAGCGUUCGAGCAAGAACAAGCACGAUUCGAGGUCGAAUUCGACGGCGAUCCAUUGCCGACCAUCAAAUGGUACCGCGAAGAUUUCCCGAUCCAGAACUCGCCUGACCUUCAGAUCUACACGUUCAGCACGAAAUCCGUGUUGAUCGUUCGGCAAGUGUUCAUGGAGGAUUCGGGUGUUUUCUCCGUGAUCGCUGAGAAUCGGGGAGGCAAAGCGAAAUGCAGCGCGAACUUAGUUGUCGAAGAGCGCAGAAGGCAACCUGGCAGAGGUGGAGUGGUACCACCCAGCUUCCUAUCGACCAUUCAGAGCACAUCGGUGACCACUGGACAACUGGCUAGAUUUGACGCUAAAGUGACUGGAACCAAGCCUCUGGACGUUUAUUGGUUAAAGAACGGCAAGAAAGUGACAGCAGACAUUCGUUACAAGACGCUCGAAGAGGACAAUACAUUCACCUUGUUGAUCCUAGAAACGGUGCCGGAGGACUCUGGGAAAUACGAGUGCGUCGCGAUAAACAGCGCCGGAGAGGCUCGUUGUGACGGCGAGUGCACAAUACGAGGACCUCAGUCACCCACGAAAACGGCGAAGCCGACGACACCAGGCGUCGAGAAAGCGCCCGCGGUUCUCGAGCCGUUGAAAGAUCAAACGAUUAGAGAGGGAACUUCCGUCGCUUUCGCUUGCAGAAUCUCUGGAAAGCCGGUGCCAACGGUGCAAUGGAAAAAGGGCGACAAGGUAAUCAAGCCGUCCAAGUACUUCCAAAUGCAGAAGGAAGGUGAGCUCUGUACCUUGAGGAUCUCCGAGGCCUUCCCUGAAGACGAGGGUGUUUACAAGUGCAUCGCCAAAAACCCAGCUGGCGAUGUUACCACAUCAGCUAAUCUCAGAGUUCUUGCUCCCGACGCAGCUGAUGCCCAACCGAAACUCACGCCACUGAAGGAUCAAAUAGUUCUGGAAGGACAACCGGCUCAGUUCAAGACUCAAGUUACUCCAGCGAAACCAAAGCCAACGAUCCAAUGGUAUCGCGAAGGUGCCCUGAUCCCGCAAUCACCUGACUUCCAGAUGAUACACGAGGGCAACAACGCUGUCCUCCUGAUAGCAACAACCUACGAAGAGGACACUGGCACCUUCACCUGUCGGGCCACCACCUCGGCCGGCACUGUAGAAACCUCCGCCAAACUCAUCGUCAAAAGUAAGAAUUGAAUAAAAGAUACAAGUUCAAUUGCUAACCCGAAGCGCGAUUGAAUCGACGGGAUAAGCCUCUAGGGACUGGCGGAGAAACGUGUACACGCUUGAGACAAUUUUUCAUAGAACAAGGAAAAAACAAUAAAGAAAUUCUACCCCAAAAUAGAAAACAACUCGAACACUUAAGUAAAAAAAUAACUGCCUUUCAAAAUUCAGUAUUCCAUGAUAUUAUAUCAAAGGAAAUAUUAAACGUAUAAUUUAAAAUAGAAACAAAGCAAUUGAAAGAAAGAAUUUAAUAAGCAAUUGUCUCGAUCUUACGCAUUUCUCCGUCGACCGUGCUCCAUCGAGGACGCCCGUCCGUACCUUCACUUUUUUUCCGCUUUCUUUGUUGUUUUCUCUAAAAAAAAAAAGAAACCCCUAACCAAGCGAGACCCGUUACCAUUUUUCUACCCUGUAUCCCGUUGAACCUCCCCCCACCCACCCCCGUAAUACAAAGUCUCGAUCGAGCCCGGGGAGUUUGUACUAACUCGUCGUAUUUUCAAAGUAGACGAGCGAGUGAAACGAGACGUAGAGUGACCUCUCUGUAGAGGAAAAGAGUAUAUAACAAGAUCACGUAGGGAAUUAAGAGAGCGUGAACAGAACAAUUGUCGCGAAAGGUGGUGCUGAAACACAUAGACGAAAAAUAAAAAAACGGUCGAGAGAGAGAGAGAGAGAGAGAGAGAGAGAGAGAGAGAGAGAACGUACAUAUCGCGGACACAACGAGAAACGAAACGAAUCGAAGCGUUUGCUCGUAAUUUUUCCCUCGAAUUUCCGAUCGGGAAAGACAAACGUGUGGACGAGCAUAGAUUUUUCCAUCGAACAGCGAGCGAGACGCGUCUCCGCGGCGUCUUCCCACGUCGAAAUUCGGAAUUCGAGGUUCGAGUUAUCGAAGGUGGUGCUUCGAGUCGACGAGACAUGUUUUUUUUUUUUUAUAACGAUUUUUUUACGAUCCCUCUGGUUCCGUGUUGUAUAUAUGUGUCCGAUCGACCGUAAGAGGAAUUCGAUCGAGAUCGACGGAGACCGUUCCGUCUCACCGUGAGAGUAAGAAAGAGAGAGAAAAUCGCGAAAGGGAUAGGGGAGAAAAAAGCGGC